CGCCACCUCGUUUGUAUUUUACCGCUAUACUCAUCAAACAGGUCGCGAAAAAGUUCUUUUAAUUGAAUGAUAUAAAAACUAUAAAACAAUGGAAUUGAGCGAUCUUGCUGGCAUGGUCAAGCUCUGCCAUCGUAAUGUACACAAACUACAGGCUAAAUUACUAUCUUAUGAACAUGAAGUGGAUGCAGUGUCUCAAGCCCUCAAGGAAAAAUGGAUCGAAGUAGAUCGCGUCGAUGGGCGUCUGAUUUCAGUCCAUGAUCAUUUAUUGUCGAGUCUGAGUGAUGUCAAUGAGCAUGUGAUUAAACUAAUCCUACACAUUAAUCUCAAUCGUACAGGCAUGCUAUUGCCAGGCGUGGAAGGAGGAAAUUAUGUUAAGCAUACUAAUGAAGAUGGUAUUGAAGUUCAACUGGAUAUGGAUUAUGAGAAAGAGAAAUUUCCUCGUCGGUCAUCAAUCAAGUCUAGUAUCGAGCCUAUGUCAGAGCAAAUGUUGGUACCAAUGUCGGUCAGUUGUCCCCCGGAUGUCCUAGCGCCACAGUUAAAAUCUUUGACUCCUCCACCUAUUCCGGAAAGAAAGGCCCCUUCUACUACGAAUAAUGCGCCAAUGGGACAAAAGAAAAAUCCUUCUAAUUCUACUCCUCCUGCUUUUGUGGAACAUAAGAAAAAAUCAUCUUGUUCUAUUUCGCCAGAACCUGUGAAACAACAGAAAAAUCCUUCCAAUUCUGCACCUGCUCCUUUACGACAUGAGGAGAAACAACCAGCAUGUACUUCAUACCGUGAACCUCAAAAACAACAGGAUAAUUACCCAAAUUCUCUUUCACCUCCUGUGAAACUACAGGAACCAACGUUUACUAGAUUCCCUGUUCCUGCUGGACAACAGGAGAGGAAGCCAACUGAACCUGUCGGACAACAGGAGAAGAAACUAGCAGAGACUUCAACUUCUCUUCCUGUGUUACAACAGGAGAAGCCAAAUGAUCCCACACACGCAGUUUCUUUGGGACAACAGGAGGAGUUUGCGCUAAAAUAUCCUACUCUAGUGGGACAACAGAAGCCGAAGACUACUCACAAGCCUCCUGCUCCCGUGGAACCACAACCAAACAAGCCUGUGCUUACGCCUCCUGUUUUAGUGGUUCAACAAGAGAAGGGGCCAGCAUAUAGGAAAUUACCAUCUCCUGUGGAGCAGGAGCAAAAGAAACCAAUUCACGCGCAGAAGGAGAAAACUAUUGCUACUUCAGUGGUUUCUUCACCCACUCCCACACUUACUUCCUUGCAAGCUCCUAACGAAGGAGUAAUACCCGCAUCACAUCCUGCUCCUCAAGUGGAAAAGUCUUCAUCUGAUCCUUCUCCUCCUGCAGUGCCCGAAAUCAUAAAGCUUCCAAUUAAGCCCCGACAAAGUUACCUUCUGCCACCCAAGGGCGGCACAGAAAUAUCCAGUAAUGUGGUAUAUAAUUAUGUCAAGAAGAACAUUGACGCCUUUCCUCAGGGCAGCAUAUGCAAAGCCACCAUGAUGUUCCUCAAUAUAGCCGACAAUUGUUUCUUUGUGGCCAAAUGGGGAUUGAGUUCCAAGCCAUUGCAAAAACUAUUGGCAGCCGAGAUACCUUUGCGUGAAGUCAAUCAAAUGCCCGAUUUUGGUGAGAUCUUUGGCAUCUAUGAUAGUCAGGAUAAUAUCAUACCACGUUGUGUUAUCAAUGCCCACGCCGAAGGCGGUGGCUAUGAAGCCUAUUUGAUCGACUACGGCGAAUAUUUGCACCUGAAUGGCAAUGAGACAAUAUUCGAAUUGCCUGAGGAGGUGAAACAAUUGCCAGCGGAAGCCAUUAAAUGUUAUCUCAUGAACGGAAAUGUAGCGAAAAUGACUAAUUAUAGCUAUCAGAAUGUAAUACUACGUAUUACGGAUAACGAUGGCAACGAUUUGCAAGUGGAACUUUUAGAGGGAGACAGUAUACCAGAAGAAAACAUGGAAACUUUGAAAGAAUCUCAGCCUGUUGGCCAAUUGCUUAAUGAGGAACAAAAACAGAUAUUGGAGGACUUUGAAAAGGGCACCAGUAAUGCUGUCAAAGCGGUUAUGGGCUUUAAGCCCACAGAUGAUCAGCGUCUAUGUCGAUACUAUGAUCCCAAGCUCAAUGGUUGUUUCAAGGGUAACAAUUGUCGGCUUGUACAUGAGCCACCAGCUCCAUUUGGGGCCACAAAAGAUGUGGAAUUGGUUGAUCCCCUACUGGACAGUGUUUUUGCCCCUUCCCAAACUUUAAAUUCUUUGGAAUUGGGUAGCGUGGUCAUCAUAGAGGUCACCUAUAUAUGCAGUCCCACCCAUGUCUAUGCUCAAUUCGUAAACGAUUCUCCAGCUUUAAUAUGGACUAAAAAGGAAAUCAACGAUUCCAAUCGUGUAUUCUCCAAGAGACCAUGCCUACUCGAUAUCGUUUUGGCCAAAUAUACUGAUGAUUGCUAUUAUCGAGCACAAAUUAUCGAUGAUUGCGGUGGAGGAGAAUAUAGAAUAUUCUAUGUGGAUUAUGGUAACACGGGAUUUGUAACUCUAAAAUCGUUGGCUCCUUGCGGCCCGGAGGACAGUCUUAAGCCGCAUCGUGCCAUCUGUUGUCACAUUGAGGGCGUGGUCCGUAAACCCAUGGCAUCUCUCUCAACAACAAAAGAAGGCACUGAAUACCUAAAGAGCCGUAUUUUAAAUAUGCAAAUUGAGGUAAAGAUUAUACGUCAAUUGCCCGAUGCAUGGGGUGUACAUUUCCAGGGCUCUUUUAUGGAUGUGCCCAAUCAAUUGGUUAAACAUGGUUAUGCUCUGCCCAAUGCGGGUGUCACACGUGACGAUACUGGACAAUUCGAGUUCAACGAAUUAGCUGAUUCAAUUUCUAGCGAGUACUAAAAACAAACUACUAAUUUUUGCCUAAAAAGUCAAUCAAAAAAGAAUCAUAUAAAAUAUUUUUACUUAUAUGGAUAUAUUUUAAUGGAAUAAUGGAAAGUGAUCAGAAUGAAGAGAACCAGCGACAACGUUCCUCACAGUCUUUGUUAUACCGUGUGGCUAUUUUGGCCAUAACCGUUUUGAUCUGCAUUGGCUUAGUCUUGUAUUUCAUAUGGUCUAAGUAAUAGUAAACCCAUUGAAUAGACUUGAGGACAAUGACAAUGAUAAUUAAUUAACAAAGAUGAUGAUGAUGAUGAGGAUGACAAGUUGCUGCUAUUUACUGGACAAUCUAUAAAGAUAGAUAUAUCUAAAUUAACCAACUAAAAUUAUUAAAUUAUGUUUAAGUUUGAAACUA